UAAGCAGCCCAAACAAACAAAUCCAAUCACAGUAGUCGUUCGUUUCCUUUGUCAAAUUAUUUAAUAGUUGCGUAAAUUUCUACACCUAGUUUCUCGUUCUCGUCCUGUUAAAGGACUGGAAGGAGAGUUCCGAAAUUACCUGUUCCUGGAUUUCGAUCAAGGCCACCAAAUUCUAUUUGCUAUUUGUACCCGAACUUGAUUGAACUUAUUGAACAUGGAAACUUGUGAAGUCAUCACCGGUGCCGAUUGUCCUCCGGAGGUGUGUUGCCCGGAACCGGAAGCGGACUGCUGCUAUGCCGAGCCAACAACGAACACAGAUCAGCUGGUAACGCCGAUCAUCGGGGACAGUCCUUGCGUCGUGGACCCAUCGUGUCCAGCUGAUCCCUGUCCAAUGGUUUGUGGACCAGCCCCUGCCCAGUGCCAGAACUGUGCCUGCGGCAAGCCGGAUUGUGUGCCGAAGAAAGUGCGCUACAUCCAACCGCCUCGACGGGAACCAUGCAAACCGGUAGCAUGCUAUCGGCCACCGGUAGUGGAAUUUUCGGGCGAUUCCGUGUACAAAACAUCCUUCAACACCGACCCAGCUACGAUCGUAUGCAAUGCUCGUCCGAUGCCAAUAACGCCACGCAAUAACCUGGCGGUGCCACCCGGUUGCCUGGAGAAGACUACCGUUACCUCGCUUUCGUAUCCUGCCUAUGGACACAGUGAACGUCAGAAACCCGUUCUGCCGAGCCAUAAUCAAUCGAUCGGAGGCGGCCCAAUGCAGGAGGUCACAACAACUCGUCACGACUACGUACCUAAAUCGACCCCAAAACGGGUUAAAAUCAUUCCGGAAGGGCACAUUCGCAGUUUGAGUGCCCCGUUCGAGAAGGAAACGGUUAAUAAGCUAUCGUUCGGAUGUCCGAAUAUGACCAACUUCACCCCGGCAGUGUCCUGCAAACCGGUGCGGGAGUACACCAGAUCAGAGAUUCCAAUGGCCUCUGAGACAACCGCCAAACUAAGCUAUCCUCCGGUGAGUCCGGGCCCUAAGGAGAUUCAUCCAUGGGCCCGUCGUGCUAGCUAUCAACCGCCGGACGUGGCGAUGGCCAAUGACACGACCUACAAGAAAAGUUACAUGACCAACAGCGCUUGUGCCUCGGAACGUGUCAAGAUGAUACCUCCCUUCAAUAACUUACGUGUACCUGCUGAUUCUUCGUUCGAAUCAAAGACAGUCUACAAGGAAAGUUAUUACUGCAACGGCGGUGAACGACCGGCAGCGAUACGGCCUGUUGGCCAACUCCACAUACCGAGUUCCAAGCUGGAAGACAACACCGUCUAUAAGCUCUCUUUCCCCAUCUACUGCAACGCGCAACGUCCCGAACCGGUGCUGCCUCGGCCGGCACCACUUAUAGGACAAGGACCAAUCCAGGAGAUCACAACCACCCGGCACGAUUUCGUCUGCAAAAGUGGCACUAAACGGGAACCGAUUGUACCGCAAAACAUGCUGCACGCACCGACCGGGCGGUUCGAAAGCGACACCGUUCAACGUUUGUCCUUCCCAGCUAACAAGGAAAACAUUAUGCCGCCAAAAUCCUGUAAACCGAUCACCUGCUAUAAACGAUCGGAGAUUCCCAUGGAAAGUGAAACCACGAACAAGUUGAGUUUCAUGCCUGUGAGCCCGGCGCCAAAGGAAAUUUACCCGUGGGCCCGAAGAGCCUGCUACCAACCGCCGGAUGCCCCGAUGGCAUCGGAAACGACGGCCAAACUCAGCUAUCAGCCACCAGGAAUCAUAAUCGAUGAUGAUCCCAGUGGCCCCUGUUGCCAGACGUGUAACCCGGCUACGGUCAACUGUUGCUAUCCGCGGGCAGCCAUCGUUAGCUAGAAAAAGGAACCGGAACCGACCGGGUAAGGAGUCCUAAUUUAUAUGUAGGCGAAAGAGAUGUUUCUAGAAAAGCUGCCGCCAAGCUGUAGUUAAUCGGGCACAAAGCAAACAAGCAGUAGAAAUAUGAAACGGUGUACAUAGAUCGAAGAUACAAUUCUUUCUCAUUAGUAAUUUUAUUUUUUUAUUUAUUAGAAUUUUUAUUCAAAUGUAGAACUAUAAAUUGUAUGUUACUGAAAACUUAAAUUAAAGCCACCCGAAAGGAGACGACAAAAUCCUUGCUAUGUGUUCCCAACA